UCAACAUCUACGUACUCCGCUUAGUGUUCCGUCGGCUGCGCCAACGGUGGAAAUCCAAUUUCACCAAAAUGCGUCACCUUUGGUCUGACGAAGGACGGCUUGGCGAUUGCUUUUGGUUGUUGGACUUUCUUCUUCUGCUUGCAGGGUUACGGAGUGAGCGGAAUUUUAAAUUGAGCAGACAGAGCAGGAUUCGCAUGUUCAUUCUAUGUAUAUUUGUCUUUCACGUUGUUGUGAUGGUGUUUCAUCUGACCCACUCAGUGAUUAACAAACGAAACGACGUGUUCGAGAUCGUGAUACAGGCAACAAAGGUGUGCGGCAUGGGCAUGAGUGGCAUCAAAGUGCUAAUCUUAUUUUUUCACAAACAUCCUAUUUGGAAACUUCGUAUGUUUAUCAUAAACCAUCGGAUAAACUCUGGAGAUACAGCGUAUGACGAGAUUGAAAAAGAAAAGUUCAAUCGAUUGGCACGCACAAUGCUGUUGAUAUUUUACGGAUUGAUUCUUUUUGAUACAGUUUUGAUGUCCAUUCCAAAUCCAGCAAUGGAAGUCGUGUAUGGAUUGCCACCACAACUUUCGAACUUUGGUGGCAAAUAUGGUUCACGAAUGCUUUGUUUCUUCUAUGUAGGUCUCAUACCUAUGAUUUUUUUUCCUGGGUAUUUCAGUAACAUAGCAUGUGUUGGAGUUCUGCUCAUUGGUAUGCGAGCAAAAUUCAAUAUCUUAGCAAAUCGCUACCGGAGAAUGGCAAAUCAGCCUUUCUUAGACCCAGAGCAUAUCUACGACCGAUUGAACCAAGAACUUCGGGAAACCUUCAUUCAACAGCAGGAGUAUUGGGAACAUUUGAAGAUCCUGAAGAUGCUAGUAUCCAGGACGUUUUUCCUGGUUCAUUACUUUUCGAUCAUGAGCAUCGGAACAGUGUGCUACAUCUUUCGGGAUUUCGGAAUGAACCUUAUCACAGCGUUCUUUGUGAUAACUAUAUUCGUUUUGCUACUGGAGUACUAUAGUUGGUGUAACUACGUGAGUUCGUUUCAAGAUGUCGCUGAUUCUAUUGGACUUCUUAUUUUUGAGCUUUGCUCGAAAAUACCGUAUGACCGCAGGCAUCAUUCGAAAUACAGUUCCCUGAUAAGUACGCUGAUGAUCACGUGGAUCAAUACUCGGCACGGGGUCAAGAUGAAGUGCUUGGGUUUGUGCGAAAUUUCCAUGACUGCGUUUGUCAGUAUGAUCAACGUUAGCUAUUCGGUGCUGAUGUUUCUAAUCGAUGUGACUUAGAAUGGACUCGGAGAUGCUAUUUCAAAAAAAAAAUACUGUUUGUGAUUUGUAUAUAAAUGUAGACACAUUAUAACUUUCUUUACUUAUGUGUUUUAAUAGUUUGUGGUUGCACAUUUCGAUUACACAUAUGUAACCAAGAGUGAAAAGAACCAUUUAAAAAUAAACUGCUCACUUGUACAGCACCCCUAAAUAUGGUAAGCUCUAUUUACAAAUAAUCCGAAUUAUAUAA